UCACCUGUUUUUUUCCAAUCGAAUGAAAUUCGAAGCUCAACUUUUAGGAUGACAUAGAAGAGAAGUACUUCUACAAGAAUGAGACAACAAUCUCUCUGUCUGCAGAUGAUCAUGUGAUAUGAAUGAAAGUUCCAGAAACAACCAAAUGACAGACAAAGAAACUGUGCAUUCAUAAUGUGUCUCGACUUAGCAGCACAGUCCUUUUGGUAGAUCUCACAUCUGAUAUUUCAUAUAAUCCAUUCUUCACCUCCAUCUGCACAGUGUUGCCUGAGCCACUGGCUGGCGCACAAUCCCAAUCCCUAUAUAGCCUUUUGCACGUGCCACAAUACCGUGUGUUUUGAUCUGUUGACCCAAAAGGUAACUACUUCUGCCAACAUCUGCAUGCUGCAGCUCCGACCACAACCCGUGCAGCCUGGCGCUCUCACAACCCGAACCCGCUGCACUUGACCGCCAUCUGUCGGUGGCGAUCUGUGACACGUCGGAGGUAGGAGAUCGCACUUCUGGAGCAGCCCUCGCGCGCAACAUUGCAGGAUGGAGGUCUGCGCGGCGCGGCGUCGGGUUCUGCCAGGUGCAUUCAAACGACCGGGAUUCCCGUCGGUUAAUUAGUGGCGCUUGUUUUCUCCGCCCGCUCGCCCCGGGAGAUCGGCGCGCAACAACUUUCUCCAUGUGACGCGUCCUGUCGGUGGAAACAAGAGCCGGAGGCGGAGGGGGGGGGAUGCCGACACGAUCCGUUUAAAACUUGGUUUUAUUUCCGCUCCUUUCAAUCGAAGUCCCAUCGUGCUGCCAGGGACUGUCUCUCGGCGAAUGACCGAGGCUGCAGGUGUCUUCGUUUGAAAUCUUUCUUUCCGGUUCACUGUCGAACCGCGGCGAAGAGAACGAACAUGGAGUCAAGUUCCAGCAGGUUGUCAGUCAGAUGAAACUCAAGACCAACAGAUUCCGACUGAGGUUCCAUUGAAAGUCCUCUUUUUGUUGUUGUAGUUGUUGUUGUUGUUGUUGUUGUUGUUGUAAUCUUUCGGUGAUGGGCUCGGUGACUUCUGCGUUCACGAGGACGAGGAACGCGCUGGUCAAGGUGGGCUCGGAGCCGGAGGGCCACGACGCGGAGAGGAGCCACUCCGCGCCGGAGUCGGCGCGGGCCAAGAAGAAGAGCGCGCGCUUCCCCGCGUCCAUCCAGGCCGCGAGGCAGAGUUCCCGCCAGUCGCUGUCCGAGGUCCUGAGCCGCCAGGACGCCGACGGGGCCAAACAGACUGCGAGGAACAGGACCCCCGAGGCCCCGCCGAGAGUGGCAAACGAAGAUGCAGAGAGCUCCACCAGGCCACAGGCCAGUUUCUCACGCUCAAAGUCCCAGAGUGCCUUGUGGAACGCCAUCACGGCAGGGAUGGGGAUCAAAAGCAAAGAGCAGAAGGCCCCCCUGAAUGACACGCGAAGUCCUGAGGAGAUUCUGGCGGAUGAGCUUCCUGCAACAGACGAACCAGACGCCACAGAGAAAACGGCCGUCAGGCGCAAGUACAAGAAGACGUCCCAGAGAUUAAGAUGUCUGGUGAAGCAGUUGGAGAGAGGAGAGGCUUCCCUCGCUGACCUCAAGAAAAACCUCGAGUAUGCGGCGUCGGUGCUGGAAUCUGUUUACGUCGAGGAGACAAGACGUUUGGUGGACACAGAGGAUGAGCUCAGCGACAUCCAGUCGGAGUCGGUGCCCUCAGAAGUGCGGGACUGGUUGGCCUCCACCUUCACCCGCCAGAUGGGCCUGAUGCUGCGACGCAAUGAAGAAAAGCCUCGCUUCCGCAGCAUCGUCCAUGCCGUUCAGGCUGGCAUAUUUGUGGAGAGGAUGUACCGACGCACCUCCAAUAUGGUGGGACUCAGCUACCCCCCGACUGUCAUAUCUGUGCUUAAGAAUGUUGACAAGUGGUCGUUUGACGUGUUCGCUCUGAAUGUGGCCAGCGGGGAUCACGCACUUAAAUUCAUAUUCUACGAGCUACUCACAAGAUACGACCUCAUUAGCCGCUUCAAGAUCCCGAUCUCUGCGGUGGUGUCGUUCGUUGAGGCCCUGGAAGUGGGAUACAGCAAACAUAAAAACCCCUACCACAACCUGAUGCACGCUGCUGAUGUCACACAGACUGUUCAUUACUUGCUUCUCAAGACCGGCAUGGUGCAUUGGUUGACUGAGCUAGAGAUCUUUGCCAUGAUCUUUGCGGCGGCAGUGCACGACUACGAGCACACGGGGACCACAAACAACUUCCACAUUCAGACAAGGUCGGACACAGCAAUCCUGUACAACGACCGCUCAGUGCUGGAGAGUCACCAUGUCAGCGCAGCCUACCGCCUGCUGCAGGACGACGACGAGAUGAACAUCCUCUACAACCUGUCCAAGGACGACUGGAGAGAGCUGCGGGCUCUGGUGGUGGAGAUGGUGCUGGCGACGGACAUGUCCUGCCAUUUCCAGCAGGUCAAGGCCAUGAAGAACUUCCUGCAACAGCCCGAGGGCAUUGACAAGCCCAAAGCCCUUUCCCUGCUGCUUCACACAGCAGACAUCAGCCAUCCCGCCAAAAGCUGGGACGUGCACCAUCGCUGGACCACCUCCCUGCUGGAGGAGUUCUUCAGGCAGGGGGACAAAGAAGCCGAGCUCGGGCUGCCAUUCUCUCCGCUUUGCGACCGAAAGUCAACAAUGGUGGCGCAGUCCCAGAUCGGCUUCAUAGACUUCAUCGUGGUGCCCACCUUCACUGUGCUGACGGACAUGAUGGAGCGCAUUGUCACCCCGCUCAUCGACGAAGCUUCCCACUCGGGUUUGGCCGGCUUCCGACGCUCGAGUCUCAACAGCCUCAGCUCAGAUGAAGUGAAGAGGCACAGUGUGAAGAGCAUCGGCUCCGACAGCAGCUCGUCAGGCCAAAGCUCUCUGCUGACGUUGGACAUGAAGAACUUCAAGGCGCUGUGGAAUGAGGAGGUUUAUCAGAACAGGGAGAGGUGGAAAACGCAGGCGACCAAAGAGGCGGAGGAGAGAGCUAAAAAGGAAGCCGAGGAGCAAGCCCAGCUGGAAGACACCAUGGAUCCCCCGGACGUCCACACUGAAUCAGAAGAGCCCGAAGCGAAGGAGGACGUAUCGGAAGGGGAGGCGCCCGAGUCGCCCGAGUCGCCUGAGGUCAGCAGACCACCAGACGGCGACACGGGGGAAACGGACGAGGGGGAACAGGCCGGGAGCACCGCACACAAGAACACUCCUCUACAUAACGGAGAGUUGUCUGAAGGGGCUGAAUCUCCAGUGGGGGAUGAAAACAAGAACAAAAGUGACGAUGCGGAGGUUGAGAUGGAAUAAGGGAGCUGCGGAUCAUCACAGCAACAUCGGGCCACACACCUAUUUUCAAAACUCGACUGGAAGAGCUCGCUCGGACCGACAUCAGAGGGGAAGUUCUAUCAGAUGGACUGUGUCGCCCUCUACAGGACACCAAGAAACUCACACCUUCACUUCCAUUUUUGUCCUCUCGAUCAGUUGUUUGUACUUUUCCCAUGUUUAUUGUCCUGCGUUAUUGUAUGCGCAAGUUUGUGGCUCUACCCGUGUGCAUUAUACCUCACUCCCUGCGUAUUGAUUCAGACAAUAUCGAAGAUUUAAUGACCUUAAAGUUGAGGGGUGGGGUUAAGAGGAAACAAUCUCGCUUUGCUUUUCUUUUUUUUGCCAUCUUUUACUCAAUGCAACAGACAUGUAGCCAUCGUACAAGUUCCACCUUUUUCCAGCUGCUAAAUAUGUUUUCCACUUAGCUCUCGUUUGUUAGAUUUUAGCAUCACAAAGUAAAGGAUGAUCUAAAAUUCAUUUAUAAGUGUUGCUGUAAUUUGUUUUAGUCCUUUUAAAUUAUUACAGAAGUGCUUUUUUGUGGAAAUUGCAGGAUAAAUGCACACUAAGAGGGACUUUUACACAGCAUGUACAGUGUAUAAGUAUGUGUACAGUACAAUGGGGUUAAAUUCAUAGGGUCUACAGAACCACUAUUUUCCUAGCUCCUAAAGUUCUCCUAAACACACCUACUCUAUUAAGAAGAGUUUGUUCUUUGGAAACUCCCGCUGGGAGUCGCACGUGUUUGAUAGACUGUUGCAAACCUUUUUUUCCACCGGUUGUGGCUCAUUUUCCCCGAAACAUGUUUACUUUUUCAGCUCUUUUGUCAGAAAAUGUGCAAUUUCAAUGCCUCCGUGUUCCUCGCAGCCAGGCUCAUAUAGGUUUUUGUGUGUGUGUGUGUGUGUGUUCUUUUCCUUUGUACUGUAUAUAUAUUGAAAGUUUGUACAUGUAUGGAUCUGAGAAGGAGUAGAAAUCCUAUGAUUCCACAAUCCAAAAAUGUAUAUUAUUUUUGGGAUAUAAUAUAAGAUAUUGUAGUGGAAAAUGUCCAAAAAUUAGAAUGCAAACUUUGCAUUUCAAGACAUAUCACACACUCGAAUGCAUUCAAGAUUUUGUAAUGUAUGAAAUCUCUUCUUUUUUUUAAAAAAACCUGUUUUGCGUUUGUCCUAUACGAAUCAUGCACUAGAUGUGUCUAAUAUCCUCACAAUAUAUGUCAUUUAGUUGUCAAAAGACGUCUUCUUGGCGGAUGCCUUCUUAUGUGUAUUGAAGCUGUAGCAAAAAGUCAGCCAUCGUCGCUGAAUUUGACGAAAAAACAAUUUUGAACACGUGUGUCAUUUUGAUUUCGCAGCGCAGUUAUGUUACAGCAGCUUCACAUUGUGUUGUCGGUGUAACGUUGAAUGUUUACAGUGUGCUUGUACACCUAUUAGCCGGCUGAAUCCAUCAUGCUUUCGUGAUGCAUCCGACGCUGAGUCCAAACUGUACCUGCUUCUUGGUUGUUUGCCAGGUUUUAAAAAGGCUUGUAAUGUUGUGUAUAGAAGAUGCAAAUAUAGCUUACUGUGCAUAUGUAACAUAUUGAACCCCUGCGGCCGCUGGUUGAGCUUUUACUAUAAACUUAUAAGACGUGCAAGCGGAAGGAAGGAAAACAAGCGUUUGGGCAGUAUUUGCAUAAUUAUAGGUAGGUUUUCCCUAAAAUUGUGCACAUUUAUUUUGUUGAAAUUCCCUAAAUUAACUCCGCCAAGACCAAGUUCUUGCCCUUAAAAUUAUUUUAAAGUAUACAGUACACGUGUAUACUGCUACACAUAAUAUGAUGAUAUGUAUAGUAUAUGUGGGGUUACGAAAAAUGGUGAAUACUUUGACACCUAAAACUUUAUAUAUAAACUGUAGGGACUAUGAAUUAUUUUUUAACCUCUUUGUUUUAAUACACUUUCCCCUUUUUUAUAUUACAACAGGAACACUAGUAUCGUGCUGAGACACAGCAGCUUGUCAUGCAAUGCUACUUUCUACCUAAAAUGUACAGUCGGUGGUUAGCAGGCCAGCUGGCUGAAUGUGUGCCUAUAUAUGUACUUUCCAUUUCACACCUGUCACCUGUAGGAAAACAAACAUUUUUGUGAUGUCAUUUGAAUCCGCGCUGCUCCGGGUACAGUGAGACAAAUGAGUUUAAAAUCCUCUUUCGUUAUUACACACUAAAGGAGUCACGUGUCAACACUUUUUAAUUUAGACACUGUUGGGAAAUCCCUUUGUAAAGUCAGCGGUUUGAUGUUGAAGACGUAUGGUAUUUAUAAUGGUACAUUUUGCUUUUUCAUUUAGAAAAAAAUCCUUUUUUGUGCUUAAUUGUGUCUGUUUUUUUGUUUUUUUUUUCUUCUACUGAACUGUUUUCUCAUUUUUUGGGGCUCAGAGGAUGGAAAGGUGAAAAGGUUUGUCUUCAACGUGUUUCUUCCCCCCCCCCCCAGAUGUGUCUCUCCUCUGUGUAUCUGUACGGUGUGUUUUACUCCACCGGCUCUGAACUCGGAAAAAUUCAGCGUGGCUCAGAAACUCCAAGCGUGUAACGUUCACAGCUCAUUAAGUGUGUUGAUGACAGGUCAAAAACAAAAGUUACUGCAUCCUCAAAAUAGCCUGCCCGACACUCGGUCAAGCGUCACUUUCUGUACCAGGGGGACCAACACAUGUGCAACACAUGUCUUGUAGUUUGCUUUCACCUGCUACCGUGAUCGCCAAACUGUAUCACUAUGUAACAGGCAUUGAUACCCACCAUAGUCGGAAACAUAGCUGUAUUUAUGUAAAGACGUGGUGUUUCGUAACAGUCACUAUGGAACAGAUUAUCUGUUGUUUGUCCGACGCUUCGUUUCCCUCGUUUGGUCUGAGUCACUCUCCAACGACUGAUCUCAAACUGUUCUUCUCACUGAGGUUAGAUGGAUGUAAAGCCAGAGUGUGUCAGGGUGUGUGUGUGUGUGUGUGUGUGCGAAAACUGCUAAAACUCAAUGUGCAUUUCUGAUCUCCUCACUGUGACCAGCUCUAUCGAUGAGAGUAUAAUGAGAUGUGUGCGUGUGUGUGGGUGUGUGUGUGUGUGAGUGUGUGAGUGAGUGAGAGAGAGAGGGAGAUAGUGACGCAAUGGACAGCUGGGCAAACAAUACUCACCUCCAAAAUUUGAAAGAAAAUACAUAUCAGAUAAGAUUUAAAAAUCCAGCUCUCACAUUUUGUCUAAUUACAAACUGACCGGCAGGGUAGAUAUAAAAAUAAACCAACAGCAACAACGAGGUGGUGUACCCUCUGCUCGAUCCCUCUAAAGACGGAGGGGAACAGGAGUGAAUGGGUGUUUGCGAACGCAUGUAUGCGCAUGCACGUGUGUGUCACCGUCCCAUGCCGGCCAGGCGGCCGUGUGUGUGCCACCAUGCUCUGUGACUGCACAGUCGUAUCAAUAAAUCUGGACUCAAAGGGCUCAGA